UUACGUUCUGUCAACAUUUGUUGGGAAUCGCAAAGGCGAAAAUUUUGUUGUGCGUUCUUGCAAAUGUAGAUUGUUUUCUAUAUAUUUUCCUUCUCAAAAGCUGGAACAGUGAGUGUUGUAUUCUUCAGCUCGGUGCAUCUUGCAUUGUUUCGUUACAGUCAAUCCGGCCAAGCGAGGCAGAUAACGCAACACUACAAUGAGUUCGAAACGCAUCAAACAGGAACCAAACACCAAGAAAAGGGCAGCGCAGCAAGACUCUGUUCCGGCGCCGAUAAAGGAAGCGAAGCAGGAAAAGCUAGACAUGGAGGACGUGGAGCUGAUAUCGGCAGGCCUGGAGGACGACGACGAAGGCGGGUGCUAUUUCGUGGACCAGAAGGGCAACUACUACUUCCAAGCCAACGAGGACGCGGAGCUGACGGCGGUGGAUGCAGGUCAAACAGAAUUCGAGGGGCUAACAGACGAGCCGGACAAAUCGGAGGAAGGUGUCAGCUACGUACUGAUCAUGAACGAUGCGGACAAGUCGACGCUCGUCCUAAAUGAUGAGCCGAGCCAGGGCGACAGUAAGGAUAACGAGAUCUACGAUUUCGAAGAUCCGGACUACAUCGUGCAGGAAGAGCAGGAGCCGGCGAAAAAGACGCAAACGCGCGGUAAGCGCACCCAGCAGAGCACGGGCUCGACGUACAUGUGCAAUUACUGCAACUACACCAGCAACAAGCUGUUUCUGCUGUCGCGCCACCUCAAAACGCACUCCGAGGACCGGCCGCACAAGUGUGUGGUGUGCGAGCGGGGCUUCAAAACGCUGGCCUCGCUGCAGAACCACGUCAACACGCACACGGGCACGAAACCGCACCGGUGCAAACACUGCGACAACUGCUUCACGACCUCGGGCGAGCUGAUCCGGCACAUCCGCUAUCGGCACACGCACGAACGGCCGCACAAGUGCACGGAGUGCGAUUACGCGAGCGUGGAGCUGAGCAAGCUGAAGCGCCACAUCCGCACGCACACGGGCGAGAAACCGUUCCAGUGUCCGCACUGUACGUACGCGUCGCCGGACAAGUUCAAGCUGACGCGGCACAUGCGUAUCCAUACCGGCGAGAAGCCUUACUCCUGUGACGUUUGCUUUGCACGGUUUACGCAGUCCAACUCGCUGAAGGCUCACAAGAUGAUACACCAAGUUGGCAACAAGCCCGUUUUUCAAUGCAAACUCUGCCCGACGACCUGUGGCCGCAAGACGGAUCUGCGCAUUCACGUGCAGAAUCUGCACACCGCGGACAAGCCGAUCAAGUGCAAGCGGUGCGACAGCACGUUCCCCGACCGGUACAGCUACAAGAUGCACGCGAAAACGCACGAGGGCGAGAAGUGCUACCGGUGCGAGUACUGUCCGUACGCUUCGAUCUCGAUGCGCCAUCUGGAAUCGCAUCUGCUGCUGCACACGGACCAGAAACCGUACAAGUGUGACCAGUGCGCCCAAACGUUCCGCCAGAAGCAGCUGCUGAAGCGGCACAUGAACUACUACCACAAUCCGGACUACGUGGCGCCCACGCCGAAAGCGAAGACGCACAUCUGUCCCACCUGCAAGCGCCCGUUCCGGCAUAAGGGCAACCUGAUCCGGCACAUGGCAAUGCACGAUCCCGAGUCGACGGUGAGCAAGGAGAUGGAGGCGCUGCGCGAGGGCCGGCAGAAGAAGGUGCAGAUCACGUUCGAGGAGGAGAUCUACAAGGGCGAGGAAGACUACGAAGGGGAGGAGGACGAGGAGGAUGAGGAAGAUGAAUACGAGGGCGACGAUACGGAGGAGGAUGAAGAGGACGAGGACGACGAGCUGGCAGCGGGACCGUUGGGUACGAGCGACGUCGUAACGGUCGAGGACGGGGACGGCCAGUACGUGGUGCUGGAGGUGAUACAGCUGCAGGACAAAGAUAGCAAAGCGGCCGGCAUGGAGAAGUCGCGCAAGAAGCGGGGCGCACCGAAGCGAAAGGCAACGUCUCCACCCGCCGUCGCUACACCUCCGUCGACUUCCAGGGCGAGAACGGCCACGAGGACGGCGACCACGACAACGCGCGCGCUGCGGAGUGCGAAAAAAGAACCGGCGGAGUCGCUCGAUAUAGACGGAAUAAAUCUGGUGAUGGUGACCGGGGAACCGGAGGACGAAAAGCACGAGAUAGCAAUCGAGCAUCAGGGUGCCGACUCGGGGGAUGAGUUUAUCCUCUCCACGGAAGAUUUGCAGGAAGCGGAAAUGAUGAUGUCAACGUUUGAAGAUACAAAGCGAUCGCGCUAUGAUGUUACCAUAAGCCAGGCCGAGCUGGAGAAAAACAUGAGCAACUGCUUCGGAUUCGAUGACGAUGAUGACGAAGAUUUAGACACCAAAGCAACAAUAACGCUGCUGAAUUAAUUCUCCGAAUGGCUGCCGUAGAUUCCGAGCGGUGCCGUGAUAUCAUUUCUGCAGCGAUGAUGCAACCCAAAUCCAACUCCAAGCACCUUAGCUGCAGUCGUAUGCGCAUUAACGUUCUCGGUUUCGUUGACGCUAAUGUCGCCCCCCGGUUUGGUAUGUAAGUUUGAGAAAGGUUUUACUUUAUCUUUUGUACAUCAAAUAGCUGUUUGCUUUCCCAAUUCUGUAUCUCACGUUAUGUGAUAGAAGAGCUGUUCUUUUUCCCCCUUCUUUUUUGCGCCACUCUCCGCACUUAGGCAAGAAAGGGCAUCCAUUUUCCGUUAGUGUACGCGCGAAUAUGCAUAUUUAUUCGAAUUUGUUUUUCACCUUCAAUCACAGCUUUGUUCCAAUUUUGGGAUGUUUUUGUUAUUGUGUUGUAUUAUCAAUCGGAGUAAGGUACUCCGAAGAAAGGUCUAUGUAAACGCAAAGGCGAAGGAUUUUUUACUUACACUUGAAUGUGAAUACGCAUGCGGUACUUGUCUAUUCUUGAACUUCUUACUGUAUAGUUUCCCUCUUAAGCAGAAACCCGUGACUUAGGUAAAUGCUAUGAACAACACGAUGCACUAGCGGCGCCCGUUGUUACAGUAAAAUCAAGGCAGCACAAAAUUUCAAUACUCUCUUUUGGAACAAUCCAAAUUUCAAAGUGAUAGGUGUCGAUAGUUUUUCUUAAGGGUAUCACUUUUAACUUAAGACAUCCAAUGACACUAUCCACCCGCCAUACUGAAUACCAUGGAAUAGGAAAAGGGUAAACUUACACCUUUGUAAUCGAAGCGAGAGAAGCUAGAUAGAAUGCUGUAAUGUUUCUAUUUCGUCCUCACCGCUAGUAGCUUAUCACUAUCCUCUAGUAUAUGAGUUUUAGGGUUUAAAGCGAUUGUUUAGUAAGUAUACAUUAAGGCGAAAUAAAAUAUUAACUACCAUACAACACCUAA